ACUCGACUUUGGCACUGGCUGCAACACUUGCGCAUUCACAUCCUACCUACACUAGACCGGAUCCCCGAAUACAAUGAUCACCAGCACUCGUCUUUCGCUUUGCGCCGCUUUGAUCCGUUUCGUUUCUUGAUUCAGCUGGAUUCCGUCCCAUCAAAAAGCUACAUCAUCGAAUUCCUCUGUCGGAUCCGACCUGCCGAGCGCGUUCUCUCUUCGACCGCCCUGAUCUUCACCGGACAAACAUACACGCAUAGAGGCACUCUCGGCUACUUGCGCGACUCUUUGUAACAUCCGCAUUGCUCUUCCAGCAUCCCUUACACCGCAAAAGCCAUGGCGACGUUCCAAUCCACGGGCAACGACGUCAAACUAUCUUUCGCAAAGGUUGCAGCUGCUUCGGCAUCCAAAGACUCAGCUACCAUGGCAACUGCUACGAAAGCAAACGCACCGGUGACCGCCCGCGAUAAGGUUGCGGUCCCGAUCAUGGUAGCCGCCGCCUCUGUCUCGAUCCAGAGUGAUGUACACGCACCCCAGCCUGCGCAAAGGACUGCCGAUGAGGUGAAAGCUUCGCAGGACAACAUCGUUGACGGACUCGGAAAUUUGAAGCUCGAGACCAAGACAUCAGAUGUCUCUUUCGAAGUUCCAUUGACCAGCUCUAUAUCGAUGCCUAACAAGGUUGUGAUCAGCCAGACACCCUCGGACGACAAUUCAAGGGCUGACUCUAGCUCCGAGCUCGGCACCAAGCCACCAAGCUUGGAUGGCAAGAGCAUCACUUCUGGGACUACCUUUAACGCAUUGGACGAGAAGGAGUCGUUGCGUCCAGACGAUAGUGCCAGCAUGAAGGCUGCCACUGAGGACGAUGAUGCCUUUUCCAUCCGUGGAUCCUACUUCAACGGCUCACGAAUGGGCUCCGAGGUUGCGGCUCGUAUCCACCGCAUCCAGAUCGGAGAUAUGCCCCCACGGGCCAUCACUACACAUGCCAUGGCUGGUAGUCAUGGUCAACUGGGUCUUGCUACGCCUCAAAGUGGCAUAUCUGACAAACAGCCAGCGACGGAGACGGAACUGCCCCUAACAAGCGGUCCAGGUGCCCCUGAUGCCUUGACGGCGAAUGGAGGAUUCCUAAGCCAGCACCCGGAUGAAAAGCUCUUAGAGGCCAUGCGAUCAGAGAAAGAUCGGUUCAGUCUCUUGAAGAUGGAACAGCAAGUCAUUGAGUUUGUGGAAAAUUCAAAGGAGCCGUUUAUGGAUUUCCCACCAAACAAUACGUUUUGGAGAAUGUUGACACAUAAGCUUGCGGACUACUAUCAUAUGACCCAUUCAUACGAGGCGGUCUCGGGCGCAGUUCGCAUUUACAGAACUCCGUUCUGUAGAAUUCCUCCACCACUAUCCACCAUUGCGCCGUCGACCUCUAACACGAGCUCUCCGGCUCCUGCUGUGAUACCAAGGAAGAUUAUGCGGCGUGGUGAGGACGGGGAAUUUGCUCCUUCUAGCGCAAAUCCUUCAAAGCCCACGUCGGAAGCUGGCAGUGACCCUAAAGAUAAGCCUGCGGCUAGCAAGGAAAGAAUGACUAGGGAAGAGCGGGAAGAGGCGUAUAACCGGGCGAGGCAGCGAAUCUUUGGAAACAUGAAGGAGUCUGAUUCUUCGGGUCAAGACGGUGAAACCUCCAAUGGUGUUUCUCGGGCGAGCUCGGUAUCUGCCAAGGACAAACCAAACGGCAAGAAGAAGGCCAAUAAGCAACGUCGCGAUGAUUCGGAAAGUUUCGACUCACGGUCUCAAUACGUUGUCUAUUAUGGAGGCCCUCAGCAGUCAACAUGGGGACCGGCACCUCAGGCGUACCCCAUCAACAAUGUUCCAUAUAACGUCCAAUAUCAAGCACCAUACCCAGCUGCGGUCCCGACGUAUGUGCCUCAACAAGCAUAUGUCCCCCAGCAAGCGUACCCGCAAAACCAAGCGUAUCCGCAGAUGGUUCCAAACAACGGAUAUGCUCCUCAAUAUGGCGCAGUGGCAAACUAUCCCGCCCCCUCUGUCCCCCAGCCGGCUUUACCAGUGCAACAGCAACAUCGUUACCAACCUCCACCCAACCCUCAAGUUGCUCCGCCAUACACUCCCCCCAUGCCCAGUGUAUCGCAGCUAGCAUGGGGGCCGCCACAGCAAGGCUUCAACCAGCCCGGGCCCGGCUAUUCGUCUCGAUCGAGUCCCUCCCCAGGAGGAAUACCAUAUGCCUACGGACAACUUCCAGCGAAUGCCAACCCCAACGAUCCGAAAACUCAACACCCAAUUCCCGGCAGCUACAACCGGCAGACGCUCAACCCCAAGACGCAAUCAUUUUUGCCCGGCAACGCCAUGCUCCCGAUGCAACCGCCAUCGGGUCCGUAUGCAAGCUCGAACCAUAGCAGCCCUCAGUUCUUGCCGGCUCACAUGAACUAUGGUGGUUACCAGCAACCCAUGCCGCCACCACCACAGGCGGGCUAUGGCCCCGGCCCGAUGGGAUAUGCCAUGUCGAGGCAAGGGUCGAACAAUUCAAUGGGCCCGUAUCAUCACGCACCACCCCAACAUCAUGCUAUGCCCCCCAACGCAUCUCCUCACAUCAACCACAGCAAGGUUGCAGGCGGUCCACCACCGCCGACCGGACCAGCGGGACCGCAAGGCUACAGCCAUCUCCCAACAUAUGGAAACCCUGCCUCAUUGCCACAGAAACCUCCUAUGUAGGAUCGGCGGGAGACAAUGUGGUCAAGUGCAAGGUGGCAGCGUUGAACCCAUGGGGCAUGAUGGCCUCAGUCAUGGCCCAAAGAAGAAGAGAAUAUAACAACGGCAAAAAGAAGGAGGAGCGAGUGAGCACUGUAUAUGCAUAUAGCUGUUACUAACGGUUGUUGGCAUGGAAUCCUCUCCUAAUGUUACUGUGCAUAAGACAUCAUGAAGGAGAAAAGAGACGGAGGUUUAGGUCUGGAAUCUAUGGAAAAAUUGGGGCACUCAGGAACGGCAGGCAGGCAGGCAGCAUAGCGCAAAGGAGACAGGCAAGCAGACAAAGACUUGAUCAAAUCCACUCACAGUCGGUUCUCA